AUGGGUGGUGUCCUUCAUCUGGUCGAGGACCGACCAACUCCUCCUUCGGUUUACAACUGGCGAGUCUACGUCCUCGCCCUCGUGGCAUCAUGUGGUUCCAACAUGAUCGGUUAUACAAGUGCCUUCAUCGGUACAACAAUCACAUUGACCUCUUUCAAGCAAGAGUUUGGUCUCGACAAAAAGACCACGGCCGAGCAAAGUUUGAUCAGUGAGAACAUCGUGUCUCUCUUCAUCGCCGGUGCCUUCUUCGGUGCCCUCCUCACAUACGGCCUGAGCCACUGGCUUGGCCGUAAGGUCUGUUUGAUGAUCGCUUCUUCUACCUUUGCUCUUGGAGCUGGCCUGCAGUGCGGUGCCAAUCACAACCGCGGACUGGGCAUUCUCUACGCUGGACGUGUCUUGACUGGUCUGGGUACCGGUGUUGCCUCCAACAUUGUUCCUAUCUAUCUCUCCGAACUUGCUCCCCCUGCUAUCCGUGGCCGACUGGUCGGUCUGUAUGAGUUGGGCUGGCAGAUUGGUGGUAUGCUGGGUUUCUGGAUUAACUAUGGCGUGGAACAACAUAUUGCACCUUCCACACAACAAUGGAUCAUUCCGUUUGCUAUUCAAUUGGUCCCGUCCGGCAUGAUGUUCAUCGGAUCCCUCUGGAUCCGGGAAUCGCCCCGUUGGCUUUUCCUUCACGACCGCCGGGCUGAGGCCAUGAAAAACCUUACCUGGAUUCGUCAAUGCGAUGCUACUGAUAUUUACAUCACUGAGGAAGUGUCUGCUAUUGACCAGGCCCACGAGAAUCAGCGCAGCACCGUUGGAUUUGGUUUCUGGAAGCCAUUCAAGGCCCUUGGUGCUCGUCCCAACUUGAUGUGGCGACUGUUCCUUGGAUGUAUGCUUUUCUUCUGGCAGAAUGGCUCUGGUAUCAAUGCCAUCAACUACUACUCGCCUACCAUCUUCAAGAGCAUUGGUGUCGAGAAUAACACUGUCAACUUGAUGACCGGUAUCUUCGGUGUGGUCAAGGCCAUUAUGACGUUUAUCUGGCUGCUGUUCCUUGUCGAUCAGUUCGGUCGCCGGAACCUUCUGCUUGUUGGUGGUAUCACCGGCUCCAUCUGCAUGUGGGUCAUUGGUGCUUAUAUCUACGUUGUUGCACCGCAAGACAACCCUACCAGCUCCCUCAACGGUGGCGGUAUCGCCGCUAUCUUCUUCUUCUACCUCUGGACUGCCGUCUACACCCCCACCUGGAACGGUACCCCCUGGGUCAUCAAUUCGGAAUUCUUCGACCCCAACUUCCGUUCCCUGGCUCAGGCCUGCACAACUGCCAGCAACUGGCUGUUCAACUUCCUCGUCUCCCGCUUCACCGAGCAGAUGUUUGAGGCUAUGGGCUACGGCGUGUACUUCUUCUUCGCGUCUCUGUCCUUCCUUGCCUUCUUCUUCGCCUUCUUCCUCAUCCCCGAGACCAGCGGUAUUCCCCUGGAGAAGGUUGAUCGUCUCUUUGAGCAGAAGCCUAUUUGGAGGGCGAACAAGAAACUCAAGGAGAUCCUCAAGGAGGAGGAAGAGCAGUUCCGUUUCGAAAUUAAGGACCAGGCUGUCCACACGGAGAACACUGAUGAUCGCAAGCCUGAGGAAUAUGCUUGA